AUGAACGAUUCUCGGAACUUUAAAAUGAAUCCAAAUCGUAUCGAACAAAUCAGAAAAUUCGAUGCAUACAAAGAAUUUAAUGGAAAAGCUAUAAAAGAAUACGAUGCCAAGGAGGUAUAUGGACCCCAAAUUACGGAUAAAGAUGGCGAACUUUUGGACAAGCAUGACAGUUUCUAUAUAACCACUAAAAGCCUCUUGGUCUUGUUUCAAAUAAUGGGGGUAAUGCCGAUUAUGAGAGUACCUAAACAUGCGCAAACUACAAAGCGGACUACAUAUAACUGGAUAUCGAAAUCUACUCUCUGGGCUUAUCUUGUUUGGUGUUUGGAAAGCAUAAUUGUGAUAAGAGUGGGCAAAGACCGGUUCGCAAAUUUCCAACAGAACUCGAAUAAGCGAUUCGAUGAAGUCAUAUACAAUAUUAUAUUUCUAAGUAUCCUUAUACCACAUUUUCUCAUACCAGUGGCUUCUUGGCGUCAUGGACCUCAAGUGGCUAUAUUUAAGAAUAUGUGGACACAUUAUCAGUUGAAAUAUCUCAAAAUAACUGGAACACCGAUAAUAUUUCCGAACCUCCACUUUCUGACGUGGGGCUUGUGUGUUUUCUCUUGGGCCCUCAGUUUCGCUGUAAUACUAUCACAGCAUUAUUUACAAGACGACUUUGAAUUGUGGCAUUCGCUCGCUUACUAUCAUAUCAUUGCUAUGCUGGAUGGUUUCUGUUCUCUCUGGUAUAUAAACUGUAAUGCAUUUGGAACAGCGUCAAAAGGUUUAGCAACAAACUUGCAUAAGGCUCUUGAAGCGGAAGAUCCGGCCCUGAAACUCGCUCAGUAUCGCCAUCUGUGGGUGGAUUUGUCACACAUGAUGCAACAGUUGGGAAGGGCGUAUUCCAACAUGUACGGUAUUUAUUGCAUGGUCAUCUUCUUCACGACCACUAUAUCCUUAUACGGCUCGCUCUCUGAAAUAUUAGAACAUGGGCUUAGUUAUAAAGAAAUGGGCCUCUUCGUUAUAGUUGGCUAUUGCAUGACCCUACUCUUUAUCAUUUGUAACGAAGCUUAUCAUGCCACGAGAAAGGUCGGUCUGGAAUUCCAAGUUCGCUUGCUGAACGUAAAUCUAGGUGUCAUCGAUCGAAACGCCCAACGCGAGGUUGAAAUGUUCCUAGUCGCCAUUGCCAAGAAUCCUCCUAUAAUGAACUUGGAUGGCUUCACUAAUAUUAACAGGGAGUUAUUUACUGCGAAUAUUUCUUUCAUGUCGACAUACUUGAUAGUGUUGAUGCAAUUCAAGCUGACUCUUUUAAGACAGGGAACCAGGAAAAUGCUGAAAGCCAUAACCAGAGCGUUUUUUAAUGCCACUACUCCUGGUACUGACAUGGAAGAUGACGAGUAA